UCACGGCCACCCUUGGCUUUAUUUCCUUAUGUAUUUCUACCUCCUCGUUUAUUCUUCACGCCGGCCCCUUAGACGCGAUGGUCCCCUUUUCGCCUCUGGCGAACCUGACGCUCUGAGCGGUCACGAGGGGGCCGAAGGAGCACGGCCAGUAAGUGGCAGAGUCCGGAUUGGAACCCAGAGCGGAGAGAUGCCGCGGCCCCUGCACCUGCGGGUGGACAUUGGGCUCGAGGCUGCGCCACUCUGGCCGAGCCAGACCGGGCGCCCAGCGCUUCUUGAAUUUCCUGUGGCUGCCCUCGCGUUCUGCAUCCCCGUAGCAGGCAAGGGAGCCGCGUCUCCACGCCUGUGGUUGGGAAGCGCGUCCUAGCCCGUGCUUAAGUCCCGCAAGGAGCCGGGGCUCCCUAAGGCUGGGUGUACCUGGAUUUCAUUGCUCAUUCAGGUGGGCUGUGACCUUGGCGCUGGUCCAUGUCCUCCUGAAUGGUUUUCCUUUAACACCUGGGCGCCCUUAGUCCUUUCUUCUCUGCCAAGAGUAAAUAGAUCACUUGCAUUCUCUGGUGGGGGAAUGUAGUUUACGGGUGUUAGUUAAGGUCAUGGUCAUGAAACUCUGUUUUCAUUUCUCUCCGACCUACCUCUAUUGAAAGUUUGCAUUUUGCCUGUUUAUAAAAGUCGUUAACACGGCUUUAAGUGUCCCUUGGUGACCUAUAAUUAGAGACCAAUAAUUAAUUCCAAGGUUAAGUGGUAAGCAUUCAAAGUAUUUGAGUUUAUUUCUGUUAAUCCUUAAUGGAGUUGUGUGUAAACAGAGGUGACUUCACAAUCUCCUGUUGAGGUAACAGCCCUUUUCACUAAGGUACAAUUUUUUUUUAUCCCCAUAGCAGUUUGGAAAGAAAGUCUUUCUUCUGAAAGUUGAUGGAUUCAGUAAAGCUUUUUAAAUAAAAUGCAUCCAGUUUGUGAGUUCUGCAGACUCGUGCACUAUGGAAAAGCCAAGCAGGGACCCUUCCUUAAAAGACAAAAAAAAAAAAAAAAAAAAAAAAGGAUGUUCUGGAAAGUUCUCAAAACCUCCCCUUUUCCUUGAGAAAACUUGGCUUUGAAAACUUGGCUUCCCUGCAUGGGCUUUUGGCUGGGAACUAUGGCCAUUUUACUAAAGACUUGACAUUUUAAGUUCUCGGCUUCAGGAAUGGUUGGUGAAAAUAUUGCCACUCAAACUUCUACUGUUGAGGGUAUUCAGAAAGCCCAGGUAACUUAGCGGAAACCCUUCUUUUGUGACAUGCGUCUAUUUUUCCCUUCUACGAAUAUUUCUCAAGCCUGUUGAAUUGUAAGAGUCACCUGGGGUGAAAUUAAAACCACAAAAGGGAAGAGCUGGGGAAUCCUUGUUUCACAAAUGUCCCACGUGAUUCUCAGGUAAAGUGUGGACACCUGUAGUAGGUGAUCAUGAAGUUCACCUGUGUCCACGGCUCUGCGGCUGCUUAUCAUUUGCUUCUGUGGGGGGAGGGUCUUAGAUCCAUCCUGACUUUGCAAAGGUACCUGCUUUCCUGCUAGCAAGAUUUCUAAAAGGCUCGGCAGACGCUGUGUUCACCAGACCUCUGAUUUUUAUAGAAAAUCUGCAGAAAGGAACAAAAGCAACAGACUUUUCCACUUUUUCAAACUACCAUUGAUUCGGAAGUCUGGUUCCUAAGGAAAAGAGGGACGUGGGCUAACCAAGAUGCAGAGCAGGGAUCCCCAAGCUUCUUCUGUAAAGUCCAGAUGAAAGAAGAAGUGAGGAGGAAGCACAUUCGUCUGCACAUGGAAAGCACGCUGACCGCCCGGGACAAGGUCGGGGUGCAGGAUUUUGUGCUGUUGGAUGCCUACACCAGCGAAUCGGCUUUUCUGGACAAUCUUCGAAAGCGUUUCAGCGAGAACCUCAUCUAUACCUAUAUUGGGACUCUCCUUGUAUCUGUGAAUCCAUACCAGGAGCUUGGAAUCUACACUAUGAGCCAGAUGGAACUUUAUCAAGGGGUCAAUUUCUUUGAACUGCCACCACAUGUCUAUGCCAUAGCCGACAACGCUUACCGCAUGAUGUGCUCUGAGCUAACUAACCACUUCAUCCUCAUUUCUGGAGAGAGCGGGGCAGGGAAAACGGAGGCCUCCAAGAAGAUUCUCCAGUAUUUUGCCAUGACCUGCCCAAUGACCGAGUCACUACAAAUAGCCCGUGACAGACUGCUGCUCUCCAAUCCAGUGCUGGAGGCUUUUGGAAAUGCCAAAACACUCCGGAAUGACAACUCCAGCAGAUUUGGAAAAUACAUGGACAUCCAGUUUGACCAUAAGGGCAUUCCCGUAGGCGGGCAUAUCAUCAGUUACCUGAUAGAAAAGUCUCGAGUCGUCUAUCAAAACCAAGGCGAGAGGAACUUCCACAUCUUCUACCAGCUGCUGGAGGGAGGCGAAGAGGAACUCCUUGCUUACCUUGGACUCGAGCGGGACCCCCAGCUGUAUAAAUACCUCUCACAGGGUCAUUGUGCCAAAGAGUCGUCUGUUAAUGACAAGAACGACUGGAAAACUGUUUCCAGUGCCUUUUCUGUCAUCGAUUUUACUGAAGAUGACCUCGAGAAUCUCUUUGGAAUUCUUGCCAGCGUCCUACACCUGGGGAACGUUUGUUUUGAAGAGAACCACCAAGGCUGUGCCACGAUCCCAGACACCCACGAGAUCAAAUGGAUCGCCAAGCUCCUGGGGGUCCACCCAUCCAUCCUUCUGGAAGCUCUCACCCAUAGAAAGAUUGAAGCCAAAACUGAGGAGGUAAUAUGCCCACUGACUCUGGAACUCUCUGUCUACGCUAGAGACGCAAUGGCAAAGGCCAUUUAUGGACGAACAUUUACUUGGCUAGUCAACAAAAUCAAUUCCUCCUUAGUGAACAAGGAUUUCACCAAGAAGACUGUGAUUGGAUUGCUGGAUAUCUAUGGGUUUGAGGUCUUCGACAAGAACGGUUUCGAACAGUUCUGCAUCAAUUACUGCAAUGAGAAACUCCAGCAACUGUUAAUUGAGAGAACCCUUAAGGCGGAACAGGCAGAAUACGAAAUGGAAGGCAUAGAGUGGGAGCCCAUUCAGUAUUUCAACAACAAGAUCAUCUGUGAUUUGGUGGACGAGAGACACAAAGGGAUCAUUUCCAUUCUGGAUGAAGAAUGUAUCCGUCCCGGGCCCGCUACGGACUUGAGUUUCCUGGAGAAAUUGGAAGAGAAAGUAGGCCAGCAUGCGCACUUCCAGACCCGGAAGCUGGCGGGGCCAAAGGGCCGAAAGAGGAUUGGCUGGAUGGAGUUUCGGCUCUCUCACUACGCAGGAGAGGUCACGUACUGCACCAAAGGUUUCUUGGAAAAGAACAAUGAUCUCCUCUACAGACAUCUGAAAGAAGUGCUCUGCAGUUCCAAAAAUCGCAUCCUGAAGGAAUGCUUCCUGGUGGCUGAGUUAGAAAACCGAAGAAGGCCACCAACGGUGGGGACUCAGUUUAAAAACAGCCUGAGCAGCCUUCUGGAAAUCCUCAUCUCUAAGGAACCUUCAUACAUCCGUUGCAUCAAGCCCAAUGAGAGGAAAGAACCCAGCAAGUUUGAUGACUUGCUCAUAAGGCAUCAGAUCAAGUACCUGGGGCUGAUGGAGCACCUGCGGGUGAGACGGGCUGGCUUUGCACACCGGCGGAAAUAUGAGCAUUUCUUGCAAAGGUACAAGUCCUUGUGCCCAGACACCUGGCCACACUGGCACGGGCCUCCAGCAGAGGGCGUAGAACGGCUGAUCCAGUACAUCGGCUACACGCCCGAGGAGUACAAGUUAGGGAGAACCAAGAUAUUCAUUCGUUUCCCCAGAACUCUGUUUGCUACUGAAGAUGCCUUUGAAUUUAGUAAACAUCAAUUAGUUGCAAGAAUCCAAGCCACAUACAAAGCCUGCCUAGAGAGGAGAGUGUACGUGAGAAAGAGACACGCAGCCAUCACACUUGAAGCCCACUGGCGCGGGGCCCUGGCUCGGAAGCUGGCCAAAAGGAGAAAGUGGGCUGUGUGGACCGUAAGAAAGUUCAUAAAGGGAUUCAUCAACCGCAACAAGCCUCUCUGCCCGGACAAUGAGGAGUUUAUCGUGUUCGUGCGGAAGAAUUACAUCUUGAACCUCCGGUAUCAUGUCCCAAAGAACGUCUUGGACAAGAGCUGGCUGAGGCCUCCUGGCAUUUUAGAAAAUGCCUCGGACCUGCUCAGGAAGAUGUGCACUAGGAACCUGGUUCGGAAGUACUGUCGCGGGAUCACGGCCGAGAGGAAGGCGCUGAUGCAGCAAAAGGUGGUUACAAGUGAGCUCUUCAGGGGGAAGAAAGAAGGUUAUGCAGAAGCCUUAAACCAGCCCUUUGCCAACAGUCGGAUCGAUGAAGGAGACAUUAAUCCCAAAGUACUUCAACUCAUCAGCAGUGAGAAAAUCCAGUACGGUGUCCCGGUCAUUAAAUACGACAGGAAGGGCUUCAGGGCGCGGGAGCGGCAGUUCCUCCUCACUCAGAAAGCGGCUUACGUGGUGGAACUUGCCAAAAUCAAGCAGAAAAUAGCGUACUCGGCACUCAAAGGGGUCUCCACCAGCAGCCUCAGUGAUGGAAUCUUGGUCAUUCACGUGUCGCCAGAGGACAGCAAACAAAAGGGGGAUGCCGUCUUACAGUGUGAACAUAUCUUUGAAGCCAUUACUAAGCUUGUCAUGCUGGUGAAGCGGGGGAACAUUGUCAAUGUCGUCCAGGGGAGUUUACGGUUUUAUAUCAGUCCUGGAAAAGAAGGCACGAUCGUUUUUGAUACGGGACCAGAAGAGCAAAUCUAUAAAGAUAAAAAUGGACAGUUAACCGUGGUGUCGGUCCGCGCGACUUCCUCCUGACCUCUCUGGUGGCUGGCUGUGCUCCGGCUGAGGAAAGCGCCCAGGAAGUGGGGGACUGUCCAGCUGGCUACACCUUCCGGGAAAGGGGACAGCAGCUCUAGCAAAAGGAGAUCCCAUCUGAAGAGACUGAGGGGCACCUGUCCCCCUCCCGGCUCUCUGCUGCCCUGGGGCGCCGAAGUCAACUCUUCAGGGCCCAGCCUCAAGUCGCCUACAAGGAUGGUGUUCCGUGUCCCUACCUGGACCUUCCCUAGAUGGGUAUGUGAACACGUCAUUAGACGGUGGGCAACAGAUGCUCUGCCUUUGUCAAGGCCGCAGUGGUCCCGAGGAACACAGGAGCAUGUAUGAUCUGAGAGGAAAAUUUCAUAAAGCUGCAGAAUUUGGAUUUUGCUUUAACUCAGUGGAACUCACCACACCCGAUGCCUUAACGUUUCUGACGCAGCUCCCCAGCUGGAGGCCGAAGCGCCUGUCCCUCCCCCCGUCCCCCUUCCCUCCCUAGUAUUAAAAUCAAAGGGGUAGCAACCCCAGCUGAUUCACUUUCUCCCCAAGACUUCCUCGCAGUGUUUAAAUUCAAACACUACAGAACGAACGCAGGAAACAUUUCAACAGAAGCAUUACGUAACUUUUAUUUUACACGUCCACAAAUGCUUGUACAACAUACAGUGACUACUUCUAACGUUUAUAGCAUUUCUUCUCAUAGCACAGAGAGAAAGGUUAGUGACACACAGGCGCGCUACGGUGACGCUGGGUGGAGCCCUAAGGGAGGGUGGAGGAGCGGUGCUGACACUUGGGUCCCGAGCAGCUGCUGUGAGGUGCAAGCCAGCACGCAUAAGCCGAGGGGGGGGGGGGUACCUGCCCCUCAGCCAGGCUGCUUACCUGCUACCGUGGGGGAGGGGGACAGAAGAGGCUACUCCAGGAUUGUCUUGGGCACAGGCCCCCGGUCCCCACCAACAAGGACCUCUGGACAAGGGACCCAAAGCUGUUCUACUUUAACUGUAAGCUCUUACACUGUAAUAAAACACUUUACCAAAUCUUA